AUGAAUACAAUAGACUAUGAGCCUAUUAGAUUUAAAUUUGAUUUCUCUUCUAUUCAAGGCAACAAUGAUCAGGGAUAUAGAUGUAUGCAAGUAGGUGAUGUCGUGACUAUUCUAAACGCCGAUAACUAUCCCAAACCAUACACAUGUCUACCAUCUGAUAUUCCCAGUCAACAAAUGAAGAACAAUGCUCAACUUCCAGCUUUUUUGACUUCAAUCCAACAAUACUUUCAAAGAGUAAUCUCCAUCCCUCAUGCAUCGGCCAACCUUCUAGCUCUUAACCCUCAAAUGCCAAGUUGCUACAACUAUCCUAUUCCUUCUUCUUAUAUCAGCUCUGGCGCAGGUGUCCCCAUUCCCAACGCAGAUGUGGUUGUUUUCGUUACAAUGAGACCAAAAUUAGAUGAUACCGUAUUUGCAUCUGCAGCACCUUGCAACUAUUUUUCAAAUGGCAAUACCAAACAAAGACCACUAGCUAUAUUUGUUCAACUCACUCCUUUAAAAUGGAAUGAUUUUGUAUUCACUGGAACCUUCCCACCUUCUGUUACACCUAAUACUUUAGCUAGACGAGCAUAUUAUGCAUUAAUUCACGAGAUAAUUCAUGGGCUUGGAUUCUUUACAAGUUAUUUGGCCCCGAAAGUGAAACAAAUAACCGAAUUGGUUCCUUGGUCUCAAGGUAAUGGGGUUACAUUUGAAGAUAGACCAAUGGGAAUUGUCGAUGAAUUUUGCCUACUCCAAGCUAUCAAACAUUUUAAAUGUGAUUCGGUGAAGCUUAUAGAGUUCUCUGACCCCGCACAUUUGAGCGCCCGAGCCUAUGGAAACGAAAUCAUGACCCCGCUGUCUCAUGUUUCUCCAGUUCUUUCUGUCAUCACUCUUACUAUUUUGGAUUCGUUAGGCUUCUACUAUAUUCAUUACGAUGCAGCCGAACCAUUACUAUGGGGAAAGGACAAAGGAUGUGAUUUUGUUUAUUCCUGUGGUGCCAAAGAACGAAAGACUGGUUGGAAGGAUUAUUUUUGUGUAGACAUGUCAAAAUCAUCGUGCUCCCCAGAUAGACUUGGAAGAGGUGUAUGUAACUUGAAAAAUUAUGGAAAUGCACGCCUACCACUUGAGCGACGACCUUUUCCACCCACAAUGAAACUUUUAACAAGGUUUGCUGGGUUAGAGUUUUUUAGCUAUUGUCCCUUUAAUGAAGCCAAAGACGAUUUUUGCUUUGAUACUACUGAUGGCAAAACAAAGUUGGCUGGAGAGGUUUUUGGAGAAACAAGCAAAUGUUAUAAAAUGAAAACUGGCGGUGUCGUCCAAAGUGCCUGUUAUCAAGAACAAUGUGACACAGCUCGAGGUGUUUUACAAGUCAAAACGGCAAAAAUGACAUCUUUCCAGGAUUGUCCUCCAAAUACAGCCAUCUUUGUAAUGGAUGGUUCAACUACAAUCGAAAUCACCUGUCCACCAAACUACUGUCCCGCUCCUAAAUUCGGAUGUACCAAUCUCCCAGUACAAUCCCCAUCCAUUCAAGUUACCACCACCACCACCACUCAACCAAUUUGUCCAUCCGAAACCACUGUAGAAAUUAUCGAUUUCCCAGUGCCAACCAAUCCUCUCACUUUUAGAAGAUUUGGUAUGCUCCCUGCAGAGACCGUAGGUUCAGGAUCGCCACUUCAAAACUUUGAAAUUGGUACCUAUUUCCAAUGGAAUAGCUGCCAGUACAUUGCCAAGGCUGGAAAUGAAAGUGCAUUUUAUAGUAGCCCAUGCAACCUCUAUCCAAGCGACACUCUUCGUCUUCAAAGUUCAUCGAUCUGUUUGACAAAUGACCCAUGGUGCGAGUUCUUUUUUGGAGGCCCCACAUAUCUCACACUCCCCUCUGAAGAGCCUGCAAUCAUUGUACAAGAUUCAACUGGACGUAUGCUUUGGGGUCGAUUCGCACCCUCUGCAACUCAAUUCGAUGAUGUCCGUUCCCUCAAAUUGUAUCGAGGCAACUUUUUACAAAGAGGAGAGUCACUCGCCGUUGGAUUAAAUCGCUAUUUGACCAAUGGUGAACAAUAUCUCAUUCUCGCAUCUACUGGAGAGUUGAAAUUAUGUUCAGGUGGACCCUGUGUCGAUUUUGAUCACCCCGUACUUUGGACUUCUGCAGGCGAGGGCACACGUAACACUGCAGUGCAAGGCCCAUACACUCUCAAUUUCCAAAUAGACCAUAACAUCUGUGUCAAAGGUGCAAAUGGCCAAGCUUUCUGGUGCAUGAUGGUCAAUCAACUCAAUGGAGAGUACUUUGGAGUUGCACAAAAGGGCUAUUUCCCAGCGUCGACCUAUGCCAUUGUUAUUUCUACCUAUAUGCAAACGGUAUGGGCAAGAUAUGACAACCUUCCCAACAUCCCAGUUUGGAACUUCAGAAAUGAAGGACCCAUCUAUGGAAACUGGAUCGAUCUUCAAGGUGCUGACCCAAUUGUCCCAGGUAAAUCAAUCUCAAACGGUUUCCAAACACUGCUAUUUGGAACAGAUGGUCAUCUAGAACUCUUUACAACAUUUGGAUUUGUUAGAACCUCGGUAUGGAAGGAUACUAUCACUAUCCCAUCUACAAGUACUGGAUCAUUCUCUUGGAAACUUUGUCCACAGUCAGGAACAUUGACCUGUCUAUACAGAGGCAGUACAUCUCUUGGAGAAGUCUUUGAAGGAAGAUUUUUGGUUCUUCUCACCGGCACUGCAAUGGCUCGUCCCAAAACCGAAUUUUUAAUGGUUGUAUUUAAAGCAGAUUGGGUCAAUAUUGUCGGUGGUUAUAUGAGCAUUCCAAACUCUAAUUAUAACAACUAUGUCGGACCAGCACCCAAACCAAGUAACCCUUCUUCUGAAGGCAUCAAAACCAAUAUUAUCUCAAACUCUCUAAUGACUGCAAGUUUGGUCUCUGGUGAUCUCAAAUUCACCCAAAACAAAGAUAGUGUUGUGCUUUGGCAACUACCAACUGGAACUCCUUUAACUGGAGUCAAUGCCGCCUUUUCCUCCAACAAUAUAAUCCAAAAUACAUUUUGUGUCUGGGAUGUAAAUAGCUAUGCAAAUUGGUGUGCUGAUGCCAGCUCAGAGGCUCAAAACGUACCACUUUACCUUGUAGUCUUGCCAAGUUAUGGUUCAGUCGUCCUCGCAACCUCCUCUGGUAAAAUUAUCAGAUCAAUCUAUGCUCCAUAG